AUGCAAAAAACAGAAGAUCAGUGUCCUGUUGAUAUCAUUCUAGCACCAUCAGGACACCCCUUGACCGAUCUCGAGUACGCCGACGAUGUUGUUAUAUUCGCGGAAAGCAGCACGAAACUUCAACAUGUUGUCAACCUUGUAUGGAAGCUGGCUGCAGCUUAUGGACUACGUCUACACCCGUCUGAUAAAUGCAAGCAGACGUGGAUCUCCCCGAGACCUCAAACGGGAAUCAGGAACAACGGCAGCUACGAGAAAGAUAUUCAGCAAAGAUGCACUAAGGCCACUUCUGCAUUUAACUCCUUAACGAAAUGCCUGUGGUCGACCCCCAUCACCAACGAAGUCAAGCAGCGAGUCUACCUAUCCGCAGUUCGCCCCAUCAUGAUGUACGGAUCGGAUACUUGGGCAGCACCAUCUACGGUGAUGGAGAGGCUUGACUGCACGGAACGAAAACUGCUUGGACGACUACUUGGCUACUUUUGGCCUACGGUAUGCCACAAUAAAGAUCUUUACCCAGAAAUUGAUGUGGUAUACCGGCGGAUGAUACGUGGAAGAUAUCACCAUCUUGCACCUCCAUCGAAAUUGGCUAAAGUAAAUCGUCUUCGCUUCUUUGGUCAUAUAUUAAGGAGACCGGCAGAUCGCCCUGUUCAACGAGUUCUGAGGAUUUUGUCGGGUUCGUGCUGGAAGAAGCCACCUGGCCGAAAACGGAAGUUCUGGACUGAGGUGGUGAAAGAGGACCUGAGGACACUUGGCGUGGAUAGGCAGUUCAGGUGA